CGUUUGUUCGUAUUAAAAAAUGUGCGAUUGAUUCACCGACGAAACUCUGUUCGGUCUAUAUGUGCGCGCCAAAUUUCAAUCGCAAAGCGGUUACAAUUUUGUUAGUUUGAAAUAAAUAUUAGAUAAACGAGAUUAUUUCUGGACAGUUUCGAACAAGUAUUAUGAUAACUAAUUGAGAUUUUUAACGUAAUGCUGAAUAAAAAACUACUUACCUAAAGAUAUUACCAGUGCAAAAAAAUCAACAACAACACAUCGAAUUGUUCUAUUUUAUUUUUGAUUGCAUAAAAGCACAGUGUGAACUGUUUGUAAAUUGUAAAGAAACGUUCUAUUGACUUAAAUUUAACCAAGCGCAAAUGAAAAGAAAAAAGCGAUUUUUCAAAUCAAUUGAACUAAAGACACUUUAAAUUCACCCCCCAAAACAAAUAAUGGAAUGGUGGUGAUUUUAUUACUGCCGCCAUCAUCAACAAAUGGCUGUGAUGACAACAAUGACAAUAGCACAAGUGCGCGAAAUUACAAUGCAACCGAAAAUAUUUAUUAUCCGAGAAAAUCACAAAAUGCAACCAAUUCAUCAUUUUUGUCAAAUAAAAAUUUUAUCCGCCACGUGACCAGAGUUAAUAUUUCGGAUAUUUAUUCGCAGGUGGAAAUUGACGGUGAUGCUGAGCCAGUUACCAAGGAGGAGGAAGUUGUUACAAAGAAAAAAACUGAACUCACAACAACCCGUCAAAUUGAGACACGUGUAAAACGACAGGUGGUACUUGAAGAUGGAAAAGUUGUCCAAGAUUCGGGACCAAUCGUUGAGACAAACACUACCGAGGACACAGACAAGCAGGAGAGCGAAACAACAGAACGCCGCAAAUUGGGCGACGAUGCUGUGGACGGACCCGAAGCAAUUGAAAAUGCACCAGUACAUGGUGCAUUGGCUAAUGUUUCGGGUGGCCUAGUGCGUGCUGUUGUUAGCCGUCCCGAUGGUUUGGUGAAGGAGGUGAAAACGAAAACGGUUGUCUCAAGGGAAGAAAUUGAUGAACGUUUGGAAACCGAAGAUGUCAAGAUAUUGGGUGAUUUUUCAGAUGAGGCUUACGUUAAUGCAGUCAAUAGUGGCAAGGACAUUAAGUCAACUCUACUAUCAGGUCAGCGACAAAUCGUUCCAGUUGGUUCGCGCAUCGUUCAUCAAUCGACGAAAGCACACAAAACUGUUGACACAGAAGAUGUUGAUUUGAAGUGUCUAGCCCAACCAGAUGGUACACUAGUCACGGAAAAGAAAAAGACCACCGAACACGAAGAGUUGUUUGAUGAAGACCUACCAGAAAAAGACGACAAUUCAACAGGGAGUCGAGAACGUGUCGAUCAGAAGGAAUCGUCUCAACGAUUUUUCAAGCAACGCGAUGAACAAGCUGUAGAGUAUGUGGCCGAUGGAAAAGUGAUUGGCAAGGAAAUUAAAUACGCGGCAGAAACAGAACAAAUGGACAAAGAUUUGUACGGACCGAUGGAAAAUCCUUCAGAUUGGGAUAGUUUGUCAGAUAGACUACGAAAAACGAGACGAAACCAGAAAACUUUGCUUCAACAGCAUAGAGAAGCACUUCUUGGUGAUCGUAAAGACGCGCUAACAGAACGGCCUCUGGAUUUCGACAAAGAAGAAUUAACUCGCAAGGGCGAAACUAUCAAAUGGCUGGAAAGUCACUUCGGUAGCGAGUCUCGUUCAUCGAAAGAUUCCAGAGAUGACGACAUUGAACCGACCAAAAAAUCUUUCUUCAACGUAACAAUAAAAUCGAAUGCUACAACGCCAACCGCUGGUACAGCAAAACCGUUCCCAAGUGCCGAUUAUAAUGGAAAUGCGACUGCCUUUUCGAAUGUCACGACUGCAGAACGAGAGAUCAACCCAAAAACGAAAUACUUCCAGGGAAUAUCGGAAUGGUCGGAGAGAAAAGAUUCAUCACCGCGAAAUUUCCCGCCAAAAAGUUUCCAGGAGGAAUUGAAGGGAACGCUUGAGCGUAAUCGAAAUCGACAAAGAAUCGGAUCACGUGAAGAGUUGAGGCCGAGCCGGCUAAUUAAAGAUGAAGUGGAUUUCAAGAGAAGUGCAAAAACAGAACAGAGGUAUGGCAGCCGUGGUGACGUGAGAUAUCGCAGAAAUUCAAAUGGUGGCAGCGAUGAUUCUCGGAAUCUUAAAGCCCAAAAAGAGGAUUUGGGUUACUUGAGCGCGAGAAAUGAUUCUAAGGAAGAGCUGUAUGCGAAAUCGUCGAAGAAACAGAAUGGCUACUUGCACCGUGAAGAUUCUGGAUAUGUGAAGGAUUCACGGGAAGACAUACGAUAUUUAAAGAAUGGCCGGGAAGACUCAUUCAUUCGGGAUAGCGGCGAGGAUGAGAAAAACUACAAAGACGUCAACAAAUCGAUCAUUCAACGGGAUGACUCAGCAUAUGUGUCGUCUUCGACGUAUUUUACUGCUCCCAGAUCCCCAGUGCCUUUACAAAAGAUGCGAACUCCUGACAGUGGAAUUCCGUCACCAGACAACUACGAUUCCGAAGAUGUACGCCCAACUGUUCCCCAACGAAAACGGGUCUUAGAAAAGAAAUUACGACUCACACAGAACGGAUAUUCACAAAACCAGAAACGUAACGAACCCUCGCCGGAUUAUUCUCCUCCAUCGCGUAGCCGAUCCAUAUCACCACCAACAACACUGUCACAACAAUUAAUCGGCGGAAUGAAAAAGUAUCAACGCACUCGUUUCGCAUCAGAAACACCGCGGCCCACAUCCACACAGACGAGCCAAACACAAACUGCGCCAUCAAAACAAAACAAAGUCAGUACGGUAAUUGGCAAUUCAUUGCGAAAAUUGGUAGGCAAAAUUCGAUCGGCUAGUGCUGAACGCAAAAUGAAAAUGAAAUCGAAACGUUCCCCUUCUCCAACAACAAAAUCACAACAACAUCAACAAUCAAUGACUAAUGGCGCUUCAACGUAUCAGCAGUAUAAUGUAAUCGACAGUCAUAUUGGACAAUCCAAUCGUGAAUCAAGCGUUGUAAGUGGUAACAGACGUGAAAGAACAAUCGAUCGUAGAGGAUCGUCUGACGUUGAUAUGGCCAGUCCGAAACAAAAGUAUUACCUGGGCGAAGACCCGUACGGUGGAAGUAUUUAUGGCAAAGAAAAUCGUUACGAUGGUGUACGACCACAAAGGAAUCAUAGCAGACGAUUGCGAUCCGAAGAUGUAGAGUUGUACAGUCCGUCCAGAACUUUGGCUUCCUCAAACUACACAACAUCGCAAACAUUGGGUCGAUUCAGCAAAAGUACGAACCGUCUCGCAUCAACCACUCCUACCAUUCACGAUUAUCGCAGCACACAAACAUUACCGCGAAAAUUAGAACAUAAACCAGUGCACCAUUCAUCUACCAUUAAUGUAUCUAUUGUGAAUGCAGUUAAACCGACACAAAAUACUGGACCCGCUAAGCCGGCACGCACAUACAAGGCGUUGAAUCGGAGCAAAAGUUUUAACGUACACGGUUUGAACGGAACGAACGAUCCCAGUCCAAUAUACAUGGAAAAGUUAAAUAAAAACUUUUCGCAGACCAUGUAUAAGUCCAAUCCACACUUGAACGAGGAUAAACCGCAACUCAAAAGUCCGUCGAUCGUAAAUCUCGUCAGCCGCAGUCAACGUGAUUUAACUAAAAUCGAUGAAGAUCUUCCGUAUUCGAGUGAACGUCGUUUAAAUGGUUUCAGCCAAAAUCGUCAAAAUGGAUACUCUAAUGGCGGAUCGGACAAGAGAAACAUAUUUUUGCGUGGAUUGCAGGAUCAAGCUCCUGAGCUCUUCAAAACGUUGCACGGUGAUGAGGAUGUAACGAAAAAUGGCCAUGUUUACAAAUACAACAUUGACCGGAAUAUUCACCGGGAAAGAGAAUCAUCUCUGGGUUCUCGUUCGCCAAUUACAAUCAACAAGGAUACAGCAAGUAUCGUGCGUCGUGGUAGUUCCAGCACCGAAGAUUACUCGGAAACGUAUAAAAUCCAUUCAAAAUCCGACGAUCCGAAUCGACCAGGAAUCACAAACACAGUGCACAGUUUCAGCAAGAAAACCAUUCCGAUGAAACAUGGUCGCGGUACCGAAACAAUUGAAUCGAGUGAGAGAAAAACUGUGACCACCAGUCGAUAUAAGGGUGAACCGAUGUCGAAUUUGAAAUACAUGGAAGAACGAGGCAGAAGAGGUUCGAGCGGACCAAUAGUCAUUGAAGUAAGAAAUCGGAAAUAAAAUUCAAGGCACUGGUGUUGAUAUAUUGAAAGAAAAUGAGAUUCGGCUUGGUUUCAUUUGGUUGAACAAAUAAAGUGAAAAGCCGCUUGCACAUUAUAAAUACUGCGAUUCUGUUUUUCUUAAAUUCUAAAUGACUGACUCAAGUGUCUUUGAAAGGAAAAUCAAAAGUUAAUUGGAACUUUUACUUAACAGCACCAUUGUUCUUGCAGGUAUAAAUAUCAUUCGAAUCAACCGCCAUUUAUUUUGUGUAACCCAGUAUUGCCAGAGAAAAAAAUUUCUCAGUUUUUUUUUAGUUAUAACCAUUCGAGCAGUCGUAACGUAGAAUGUUAAACAUUCGGAUGGUGAAUGGUGAUCUUCGAUCUCGAUGUGUAAAAGAUAGUCACGUUAAAACCAAUUGUUCUUUAACUUCACUUCGAUCGAAGAUCCCCAUUUUCAUCCCUCGGUUCGUCGCUUUCACUCAAUCAGAUAGAAAAUUUUUGACCCUCCUAUAUUUGUUCUUAACCAUAAUGUAAAAUUAUCUUCACGGGCUUAUCAUUCCUACCUAUUAUAUGCAAUCUACAAUUAAAAUUGUGCAAAAAUUGGUUGUCCUUCUUCUUUCUUCAAAUAGCUGCAUCCCCUUGUGCAAAUUUCAUUCAUUUUAUUCUUAUACAAAAUGUAAUUCAAAUACGCUCUGAUUAUAUCGACAGUGCUGUUAAGUAAAAUGUCCUUAUCUCGUCUAAUUCUCUUGGGUUACAAAAUAUACAAUAAACAAAAUUGAUUCAGACCAAUCGAUCGUUAAUACAAAAAAAAUCCAUAAAUUAAUGUGGGAGUCCAUUCAUUCCGGUGAUUAACAAAAUAUAUCAAAGACUUAAUACGCUUCACAAUAAUAAUUUUUUGUUUGUUUGUUUGUUUACAAAACAUUACCUUUUUUAUAAUAAAAAA